AUGGAGGUCCGCCUCAAGCUGUCUACCAAAAGCACGACGCCGGAAGUGGACGCGACGAUGUACCGCAGCCUGGUCGGGAGCUUGCGGUACCUGGUGCACACACGGCCCGACAUCGCUUUUGCCGUGGGAUACGUCAGCCGUUUCAUGGAGAAGCCCCGGCAAGAGCAUCUCGUCGCCGUCAAGCACCUACUUCGCUACAUCGCAGGCACAACAGAGUACGGCCUCGUCUACCCCAAGCUGUCGAGUGGCGACAACAAUCUGAUCGGCUACAGCGACAGCGACAUGGGUGGGGAUAUUGAUGAGAGGAAGUGCACCGCAGGUGUGCUGUUCUUCCUAGGAGAGAUGCCAGUGACAUGGCAAUCUCAGAAGCAGAAGGCGGUGGCAUUAUCGACCUGCGAAGCUGAGUACAUGGCCGGGGCAGCGGGGGCGUGCCAGGCCGUGUGGCUCGUCCAGCUGCUGAGCGACAUCACUGGCGACGUCGUUCAGCCGCCCACUCUGAAGAUGGAUAACCAGUCUGUAAUCGCCCUGAGCAAGAAUCCCGUCCUACACGAUCGCAGUAAGCACAUCGACACUAAAUUUCAUUUCAUCCGAGAGUGUGUGGACAGUGGAAAAUUUUGCCUGGACUACGCAAGCACUCAGGAGCAGCUUGCGGAUGUUCUGACGAAGUCCCUGGGGCAAGCGCGGUUCUGCGAGCUGCGUGACAAGGUGGGCGUCGUCAAGUUGAAGUGA